CCCAGCAGCCCUAGCGGCGGAUCCGAUGUCCGGAGCGCUCUCCUGAGCCUCCGGGGAAGCUUCGGAAACUUUCGCUUCGCCGCCGGAACUUGGUUCGGCGCCAGCAGCAGCGAGAGGCAUGGAGGCGGCGGCGGCGGCGCAUUGCUCGCUGCGCGUCCAGCGGCUGCUGCUCGACCCCAAGUUCGAAGGCUACAAGCUGUCUCUGGAGCCGCUGGCCUGUUACCAAGUGCCGCUCGAGUCGCCGGUCGCAGAAGUCAGACUUCGGGAUGAGCAAUACACCUUAGAACACAUGCGUGCCUUCGGCAUGUAUAAUUACCUACAGCUAGAUUCCUGGCACCAGGAUAAUGUUUACUACGUUGAUCAGCUCGGAAGAGUCAUGAAUUUAUCUGUUACUCUG